AUGAGGUGGAGGAAGAUCCAAUGUUCCUUAUCCCAUAAUGCUAGUUCCAGAGCGAUUUGCAUCAAUGGAGCUUUAUAUUACUUGGCUACAGGAAGGGAUCACGCUUCUUAUAUAGUUUGCUUUGAUGUUCAGUCUGAGAAUUUCAAGUUUAUUCAGGCAGAAUUUUAUAAUCCUAGGGCUGGAAGCUUGAUAAACUAUAAAGGUAAAAUAGGUGUGGUUAGUUGGCCAGGUCAUAACCCUAGUGGAUAUUAUUGGGGUAGGAAUAUAGGCGUGAGUAGUCUUCUUAUGCAUGAGUUGCGUAUAUGGGUUCUAGAGGAUGUCGUGAAAGGAGCUUGGUCAGAAUAUGCCUACACUCUGCCUGGUUACAAAUUUUGGGACACUGGCUUUGGUGUUUCAAACGUUUGUGUAGUUGGAGUGACUGCCACGGGGGAAAUUGUUUUGUCCAAGGAGUAUUACAACGUUCGAUUUAAAUUUUAUGUUUUCUACUUCCAUCCCGAAAGGAACACUAUCCAACGUGUUGAAAUCCAAGGUUUUGAGAAUCAUGAUAGAGUUUACGCCUUUGUAAAUCAUGUAUAUGAUCUUACGCUUAAUAUUAAACCUCACCGGGUGCAACAAGAUCUUCUUACAUUUGAUAUGAACUAUCACCAGCUGCAGCAACAUGUUCCUAGGUUUGAAAAGAUUAACAAAUUUGCUGCUCCGAGUCUUCUAGAGGAUGAAUGA